GUUCAACUUACUGAGCUGUACUAUACUUUCUUCUUCUUCUUCUUACAAUGGCUCUUUCUUCAACUAAACAGUUAAGUCAAACACUAAUGGGAAUACCCAUUAUCACAUUCAUCUUCUUGUUUCUAGGACUGCAUGCUGCUGCUCCCACUAACUUCGUUGGAUCAGAGUCCCUGAAGGUUUCUCCUCCUGAAUUUGCCGGGUCAGUGAGAGAUAUAGUUGACAUCCUUCAUGAAGUCACCUCCAUUCUCUCCGAAUUCGGCGGGGGCACCGGCUUUGGCGAUUCUCGUGUCUCUAACGCCAUAUCUGAUUGCCUCGACUUGCUUGAUCUCUCCUCUGAUGCGCUUGACUGGUCCGUCUCCGCAACAGAGACUCCCAAAGGGAAGAAUAACAGUACUGGGAACCUAAGCUCUGAUCUGAAGACAUGGCUAAGUGCUGCAUUGUCGAAUCCAGACACAUGCAUGGAUGGGUUUGAAGGAACAAAUGGCAUGGUGAAGGGUCUAGUGUCUGUUGGCCUUGGCCAAAUGAUGUCGCUGCUGAAGCAACUCCUGACUCAGGUGAACCCUGGUUCGAAUCACUUCAGCGCGACCGAGGGCCAAGGCCAAUUUCCUCCAUGGGUCAAACCAGGAGACAGGAAGCUGCUGCAGGCGGAAAAUGGGGACCGUGUGGAUGCUGUGGUGGCGGCUGAUGGGAGCGGGAACUACACUACGGUAAAGGAUGCGGUGUUGGCAGCACCUGAUCAUAGCUUGAAACGUUUUGUGAUAUAUAUAAAGAGGGGUGUUUACCAUGAGAAUGUUGAGAUCAAGAAGAAGAAGUGGAACUUGAUGAUGAUCGGAGAUGGGAUCAAUGCUACUGUCAUUUCCGGUAACCGGAGCUUCGUCGGCGGUUCGACAACGUUCCGGUCAGCUACCUUUGCUGUGAGUGGUAGGGGGUUCAUAGCACGAGACAUCACCUUCCAGAACACUGCAGGGCCAGAGAAUCACCAGGCAGUGGCCCUAAGAUCUGACUCUGACCUCUCUGUAUUCUACCGAUGUGGGAUCUUCGGUUACCAAGACAGCCUCUAUGCUCACACCAUGCGUCAAUUCUACCGGGAAUGCAAGAUCAGUGGCACCGUGGAUUUCAUCUUUGGAGAUGCAACCGCGGUGUUCCAACAUUGCCAAAUACUCGUCAAGAAAGGCUUGCCAGAUCAAAAGAACACCAUCACAGCUCACGGUCGAAAAGACCCUGGGGAACCAACCGGUUUCUCCAUACAAUUCUCUAACAUCUCGGCCGAUUCAGACCUUCUCCUUUCAGCUAAUCACUCCACCACCCACACGUACCUCGGGAGACCGUGGAAGCAAUAUUCUAGAACAAUUCUCAUGCAGUCUUACAUAAGUGAUGUGUUAAGACCGGAAGGGUGGUUAGAGUGGAAUGGGGAUUUCGCUCUGGAUACAUUGUACUAUGCUGAGUACAUGAAUCAUGGGCCAGGAGCGGGCCUAGCCGACCGAGUUAAAUGGCCGGGGUACCAUGUGAUGAAUGAUUCUAGACAAGCUAGUAACUUCACAGUGACACAAUUUAUUGAGGGGAAUCUGUGGUUACCUUCCACAGGUGUAACUUUCACUGCUGGACUGGGAGUUUAAACCACUGUUGUCCAUGUUGUUCUUGCUAAUUCAAGUGGUUCUUUGGAGUUAUGUGGUCCAAAAAAUGAUGGUGGUGGUUGGUGUUCAGUUUCAUUCAUUUUUGUACUUGACUAUUUAAGAAUUCUUUACUUUUGGUACCUGAGUUCUGUAUUUCUCAAUUUUGGAUGAAAUUUGUUGCAAUAUUGCACUGGAAACAUGGCUCCUUAAUCAACCAGUUCCUGGCUGCUUGUAAUCCAGAUUGAUUGUAAAAACAUGUUUAUGAAGCUCAAUUAUGUUCAGUUCAUGGCUAAUUGGAUGUAAGACUUAGCAUGCUUUGAUCUGACAUAGACCAAACCAAUA